AAGGGAAAAUGUCCAAACAACAAGAAAAUAAUCAAACGGAGUUAAGAGCAGUUUUGAUCGGAAGGCAAUACUCUGGGAAAACAUCGGUGAUCAACACUAUAUUGGAAAGCAGUGAAACAGAAGCUGAAGGAGAUGAGGAUGUGAAGAGAGAGGGGUUUAUUGAUGGCAGGAGAAUCAGUCUUGUUGAAACGCCUGGCUGGUGGAAAACCUUCAGUCUGAAUGAUUUAUCCAAUAUCUCCAAACAGCAGCUGGUCCGCAGGGUUUCCAUGAUUUCACCCGGACCUCACGCAGUUCUGAUCGUGAUUCGGGCUGAUUCUGCAUUUACUGAUGCUGACAGGAGGUUUCUGGAGGACUAUGUGGAGCUGCUGGGACCCAAUGUCUGGACUUACACCCUCGUCAUCUUCACAAGAGGAGAUUUAAUUAAACCCAAACACAUAGAGCAGCAUAUUCAGGAGGAGGGCUCAGCACUCAGGAGGCUUAUUGAAAAAUGUGAACAUAAAUAUCAUGUUUUUAAUAACUCAAACCAUCACGAUCGAACCCAAGUAAAAGAGCUGUUCAAGAAAAUUGAAGGAAUUGUCAACAAGAAUAAAGGCAAGCACUUUAACAUUGACCAGGAAAAAUUAAAGAAAGUCAAUGAGCAGUGGGAGGAAAUUCAGACCAGAGCAAAUUCUAGAAAAUCCAGAGUACAGAAGGAGCGGUCCAAAGUUCAAGAAAAAGCGUAUGUGCGUCGUCUUGAGGAGAUCAGAGUUGUUUUGCUGGGAUGGGUUCUUGGUGGAAAGAGUUCAGCUGGAAACACCAUCUUGAACCGGGAUGAAUUUGCCACAGGAGGAAGAACCGGAGAGGGUAAGAGAGGAUUUGGAGAUGUAGAUGGAAGGAAGAUGACGGUUUUGGACACUCCAGGCUGGUGGAAGUACUUUGCAUCGGAACUCAACCCAGAUUUCAUUAGAUCUGCGAUCUUAGGAAGUGUUUUAGAGUGUAAGAAGUUCCCUCAUUCCAUGCUGCUCGUGAUCCCAGCAGAUACGUCAUUUCAGGAAGAACAAAAGAGGAUCACUGAGCAAAAUAUGUCUAUCCUGGGAGAUGACGUCUGGAAACACACUAUAGUUCUGUUCACCUGGGGUGACAGAUUUAAAGACAUCUCAGUCGAGCAGCACAUUGAGAGUGAAGGUGAAGCUCUUCAGUGGCUGAUUGAGAAAUGCAGAAACAGAUACCACGUCUUUGACAACACAGACAAGAACAAUCAAGAUCAAGUCACAGAGCUGCUGCAGAAGAUUGAUGAGAUGGCAGCAGAAAACAGUCUGUUUUGCUUCAACACGAGGAAAAACUGUGAUAAGAAAACUGACAAACAGGAGGAUCUGAACAUGGAGAUCAGACUGAAGGAUGUCUGUCUCUUUCUAGAUGAAGGGUUUAAGAGAAAAACUGAAGAGAUAAGAAGGAAGAUAGAAAAGUUAUGCACGGAUAUCAUGGAAGAAUGUCUAAACUGGGAUGAGUGUGACAGUAUGAAUAAUCCUCUUAACCUUCAGAAUAAACCUCCUCAUUCCCUAAAAGAAGUCAUUAUUCCACCUCAGGACAACAUUCCUGAGCCGAUUACAGCACUUCUGCAGAGAGAGUUCAACAGAUGGGAAAGUAUAAUCAUAGAUGGUGUUCAGGAAAGUUUGCAAGACAUCAAAUCAUCAUUUGAGCUCUCUCAGGCUGAGAAGAGGCAGAAGUCAAUGCAAGCUGUUGAUAGAUGGUUACAAAAUUACAACCAUUAUGUUAUACAUACUGUUGAUAAAAUACAAGCUCCAGAAUCAAGGAUCAGGACAAAGAGACUGAAGACAUGAUGACACUGUACAGUACAGAGUUUGUGUCGUCAAAUGUUGUAUAAAUGCAAUAUCACACUCAUAGCCUUGAGAUAUUGCUCUAUAUAAACAUGACUGAUUAACUGCAGCCUUGUGUUUAUGGCUAUACUGAUAUAGAGUGAUAUCCACAACUAUGAGUGUGAUAUUGUUCAUAUAUUCACAUUUUAAUAAAAUGUGUACACAGUGGUUUUAAAUCUGAUGCACCUCCUAUUGAAUUCUAUGUAUAUUCUAUUUUGUUGAUAUGCAUGUUUAUACCUUUAGUAAACUACAGCCUUAUAGUGAUCAAAAGAGCAGCUAUUCAGAUUUUGUAUUCUAUUCGUUUCUGUAUUUUCAUUUAAUUCUACUGUUAGUGAUGUUCCUCUGAAUGAGUAUUCUUGUUUAUGAAUUAUAUUUUCUCUUGAAUUCCAAAAAUAAAGACUCAGCUGUUAUGAAUCUGA